AUGUCGGACGCAAAUAUGGAGGAUCUUGAUCUGCCCAUCGCUAUCCGGCGCUCCCGUCGUAGCACCCCGGCUCUCUCGAUCAAAGCCGAGGAGACGACCACGACUAUUGCGCCCGAAACUCCAGGCCGAAGGAAGCGUUCAGUCCGCUUUUCCGAUCCCGGCCCUUCGUCCGGCUUGACUCCCAUGAUGCGUCGGACAAGAGUUGCGACAUUUGGCCGCAGAUGCUCGGGAACUCCACUCCGGAAUUCUAGCCCUGUUGCGCCUGUAUCAACUGGUCAUUCGCGAAAAGAUGCCAACACAUUCUUGGCCCCGAUCCGCCAAACAAUUGAUGGCAGGGUCGAAAGACAAGCAAGACGAAGUAGUUUCCGCGCCAUGUUGAAUAAGAUGGAAAUGAAAAAGAAGAAGCUGGUGCAGUUCUCUCGUGCCGAGAUUGACAAACUCAGGAGCCAAGUCAAAUCCAAGGAUGCCGAAAUCUACGAGCUGCAAAACGCCACCAUCGUCAUUGACACUGAGCGCAUAUGGGAUCUUGAGAAGCAAGUUCAGCAGCUUCAGGAAGAGUUGGAUCAGCGUGCCCCGACUGAGCUGAAUGAAAGCCGCACAUAUGACUGGACAAUGGCUGCCCGGGACCCAUAUGCCCAGGACGAGUACUUUGACAUGGACAUUGACGGUGACCACUUUGGUGACGUUACCCAAGCUCAACUCGAGGUCAGCACUCCGUCACGGGCUCGUUCCUCAUUCCCUACGCCGCCAGCGACAAGCCCAAUGAUCCCUGGGACACCUUCUUCGCUCUUUUGUCGCCAGCAACAUACAUUAGCCUCACAUGCUGCUGUCCAAGCAUGCUUUCCAGACCCUGAGCGCGAACUGCUGGAAGAACAAGUAUCAUCACUUCAUCUUGAAGUAGCCAAGCUCACUACUACGUUGGAUUCAUACAAGAGUUUCCAGAUGCGUCUGAAGGAUCGCCUUUCCGCCGCUGUCCCGGAGGCGAUGGAUACCACCGCCUCCGACGCCAAUCUAGAAAGUAUUGAAAACCAGAUUCUGCGCAUGUUGGAGGAGAUGUCGGAUCGCUCUACUGCUCUCGAACAGCUUUCUGCAGGCAUCACCGACAUUGGCUUCCCGGGCAAAGACGCCGAAGAGAGUCUCGGCUCGCUUGUCAAGGGGUUCCGCGAAGCCAGACUUGAGCUCGAGUAUCUCACACCAGGCGAGAUCUCUCUGCCCCUCUCCCACCACGGAGCAGAAGUCCUAGACUUGCUGCUGACGCAGCUGCGCGAUCUCGCCAGGCGCGUCAAGGAAGGCGAGGACAGCAUCGACGAGUAUCACGCCACUGAGCAGUCUCUCCGCAAGCAGCUUGACAGCCGUGUCACCGCGAUGAAUCAACUCAAGACUGAGAUGAAUAAAGGAGAGCAGAUUAUCCGAGCUGCGGAUAUUCGCAUCCACGAACUGGAAGUUGCCAAUACCAGGCUCAGGGGAGCCAUUGAUACCUACGAGCGCGACAUCAAGGAGCUUGAGACGCUUGUGGAGAGGACGGACCAGGCAAAGACCGAGGCAGCAAAGGAGCACGACACUGAAAAGGAAAAGGAUGUCGAGACGAUUGAGGCCAAGGACAAGAUGAUUGCAGAGCUCCAGGAAAAAAUCCAAGAGGCGGUCAAACAAGCAGAGCAGCUGCUGCAGGACAUGUCGGACGAGCAAGACAAGCACACUCGGCACGUCGUAAAGCUCAACCAGUCACACGGCCGCGGCCUGGCUCUCCGCGACGCGCGCGUCAUGGAGCUGCGCGUGGAGAUUGACCGCGUCAACGAGUCCCUCCGCGAGUCGCACAACACCAUUCGCGCGCUGCGUGUAGAGAAUGGCGGGCUCCGGUCGGACAUGCGCGCGCAGCAGACCAAGGCCAAGGCUGCCAUGGACGCCAUGAAGGAGGAGCUGCAGCGCGUCUUGCAAAUGAGCCAGGAAUUUUUGCACACGCCCAAGCGGAAGCGUCCUGUGAACGAUGAAGGGAAGGGCAGUGGCGGCGCGCCGGUCGUCCGGGCUGGAAACCUUUUGAGCGGAGAGCUGGCGCGGCGUGCCUCGUCUACCAAGCGUCGCAGGCGUCCGGACAGCGGUGUCGGCUUACUGGAGGAGGAGGAGGAGCAGGAAGAGUGUGAAAUGUUUUGA